AUGCCAGCAGCGGUAGUAGAUCCGGCGCUCAACGGCGGGAAGCUAGCGCUAACGCGCAAAGAGUUCAAGAUCCUCUACAACAACAUUCUCCAAAACAUCCAGCAUAGACUCGAUCUCCGUCUACCUUCCACGGACUCACGUGUCGACCCCACGUCGCACAGCCUCGAGUCGAGCUUGUCCACCGUGUUUCGGGACUUGGUGGGCGCCAUACUAAUCGACGGCGAAGACCUCUCCACGACCCCGCUCGCGCAGAUCCUCAAAGUCGACGACGCCGACGACAAUGUCGAGCCCUACGACCACGGUAUGAACCAACGGCUCACGCAGUUGAACUACCGGAUAAACGAAUUGAUGCUUGAUGUGACGAAACUGAGAAGAGAUGCACCGCUCCAGGUUGAGAAGAUGUAUGAAGCGUUUGUCAGGUGUGUGGAUGACGAAGUUGCCGAGAUGGUGGCGUCGAUUGACCGUGAAGUUGACGAGCAAGAGCAAGAAGAGAGCAACGGAAAGGGGGUGGGUUCGGCUGCCGGUUUGGCUGAUUUUGAUUUUGAAAGCUUGAAUGACACCUGCGAGGGAUACAUGCAAGACAUGGAUGCGUUGAAUCGCAAAUUGCCGCAGAUGCAGUUGGUGUUGGAGAGGUACCAGGAGACAGUUGAUUUCUUGGAAAAGACGCGAGGCCUGACUCGUAGAUGA